GUUAGACCGGAUGGGAGAGGACCUCUAUUUGAAGAAACGAAACUAAAAGAUCAUAGAAACCAAAAGCCAACCGACGUGUGAGCAGUUCUCUCUUCGAGUAGAACAAUAAAACACAUUUUGGAACAAAUAGUCUGACAGACAGAAGCCAUAGCAAGGAAUGGCCUCUGCUAAGACUUCCUGGUCUGAAGAUAACUUUUCAUGUUCCAUCUGUCUGGAUGUAUUCAGCAACCCAGUUUCCACACCAUGUGGACACAACUUCUGCAGAGCCUGUAUUUCUAAUUUCUGGGAUGAACAAGUCCGGUACAAAUGUCCUGCUUGCAAUGAGAUUUUUCACACUAGACCUGAUCUACGUGUCAAUAUGCUCGUAUCGGAGAUGGCUGCUCAGUUUAGAAUGACCGUACGAGUAAAGGAGCAGCCUUGUGUUGAACCAGGAAAAGUUCCAUGUGACGUCUGUACUGGGACCCAGCUGAAGGCCGUGAAGUCAUGCCUAGUGUGUUUCACCUCUUACUGCCAAACCCACCUGGAGCCACAUGAUAGAGCGGCAGGCCUGAGGAGACAUCUGCUGGUUGAGCCUAUGGUCUGUCUGGAAGACAGGAUGUGUAAGAAACACAAUCAACUACUGGAGCAUUUCUGCAAGAAUGAACAGGUGUUUGUGUGUCAGUUCUGCACAGAGACAAACCACAGGUCACAUCCUGUUGUACCACUAAAGGAGGUAUAUGAAUUGAAGACGGCCCAGCUGGGGAAGAUAGAGUCUGAAGUUCAGCAGAUGAUCCAGGAGAGACAACAAAAGAUUAAAGACAUCAGAGAAACAAGGGUCCGCAGCAAAGCAGACACAGACAGAGAGAUAGCUGAUGGUGUGCAGGUCCUCACUGCUCUGAAGCGCCGCGUGGAAAAAUGCUGGGAUGAAUUCCACCAAACUGUUAAAGAUAAACUGAAAACCACAAAUAAACAAGCUGAAGACCGCAUCCAAGAGCUGGAGAAGGAAAUAGAAGAUUUGAUCAAAAGGAGCAAAGAGCUGAAGCCACUCUCACACAUCGAAGACCACUUCAACUUCCUCCAGACCUUCAGAUCCCUGAAGGAUCCUCCACACACCAGGGACUGGACGACGGUGGAGGUCCAUCCUCCGUCAUACGUAGGGACCUUGAGGAGAUCCCUGGAUCAGCUGGAGGAGACACUGAACAUGGAGAUGAAGAAGCUUCGUGACGUUGAACUGAAGAAGGUCCAGCAGUAUGAAGUAGAUGUGACUCUGGAUCCUGAUACAGCUGACCCCCGUCUCAUCCUGUCUGAGGAUGGGAAACAGGUCCAUGAUGGCAUUGUUUGGCAGAAACUCCCAGACAACCCUAAGAGAUUUAUAUGGAGUUUGUGUACUCUCACGAGGAAGAACUUCUCAUCAGGGAGAUUUUACUUUGAGGUCCAGGUUAAAAACAAGACUGGAUGGUGUUUAGGAGUGGCCAGAGAGUCCAUCAACAGAAAAGGUGUGAUCAAAUUCACGCCUGAGAAUGGCUACCUGAGUAUUGCGUUUAACAAUGACGGGUUGGUAUUUAAUAAUAACCCUGUGGUCCGUCUCCCUCUGAGAGCUGAGCUCCAGAAGGUGGGGGUGUUUGGUGAUUAUGAUGAGGGUGUGGUCUCCUUCUAUGAUGUGGAAGCCAUGGUUCAUAUCUACUCUGCUACUGGCUGCACCUUCACUGGGCCUCUCUAUCCAUUCCUCUGCCCAGGUCUCUAUAAUUAUGAGGGCAUAAACUCUGCCCCACUGAUCAUCUCACCUGUCAAUCAAACAGACUAGGACUUUGUUUGAUAAUAAAAUAAAACGACCAAAACAACUAAUCUUGUUUCCUGAUUAAAACCUCUACCAUGGGAGAUUUGAGAGCGCUGCAUUCAUAUCAUACUGUUCACUGUCAUUUAAGGAAAAUAAAAUAACCCUUACUGUUGUUAAAUAUAACCCAUUAUACAUGAUCAAAUUACACAAAAUAUAUUGUUCAUAUUGUUCAUACAUAAUAUUCAUGUCAAUUGGCUCUAACCCUAUACAAUUGUAACGGUAUAAUCUGUAUUAUGUAUGAAUUUUUCCAAAGUUAGUUACGACCAUAAAUUAAGUAGUACAUCACCCUACAGUGCAUUUUAAUGUAAUGAUUUUAAGCAGAACUUUUUACAUCUUCACUCUUGCAGGCCAGAGUAGCUGGACAGUGACAAGCAGCAUACCAAAUGAAAAGCUUAAAUUGGGGAUAUUGCCAAUUAUUUCGCCUGUACAACAUUUAUAUUGUUUUUGCCAGUGAGUACUUUUCGUGUUCUUGUUUUGUAAAAUAUAUUUACCUUGAUUCUUCCCACGUACUGUCGUUCCAAGCCCACCUGCCAAGACCUAAAGCCACCCCAUGUCAAAUGUUCUAGAUCCGCCAGAGUCUCUUCACACCAGAUGAUGUAGUGAGUAACAACCUCAGUACCCCCUCCCAGUCUCUAGUCAAAACCAGUAAGCCCCUCCCAGUCUCUACUGUCAAAACCAGUUAUCCCCUCCCAGUCUCUACAGUCAAAACCAGUUAGCCAAUAAUAUCAAUAGGGAUGUAAUGUUUGUACGUGCUCUUCAGAGUACCCUAACAGAGGUAUAAUUGUGUUAUUAGCUCUGGUGGUGCAUUAAACAUACUUUGGUCAGUAGGCAGUGUUUUGAUAAGUAUGCAAUCAUUACAAUAACAUAGGAUGAUAAGUAAUAAGUUGUUUUGGGGUUUGGUUAACAUUCAAGGUCACGGUUAGUUAGUAGCUCUAUGUCCAUUGUGCAACAAAACUGAUAAUUGCAAUUAUUUUGCUUGUUAUUGUGAUUAUUAUCUUAUUAUGAAACCAAAUAAUGUUCUGUGCUGCCUACUGUAUAUAAAAAAUAAUAAAGCAAUUACUGAGCUGUAA